GAGGGAAGGGGGGCGAAAGGGCGUGGGUUGAGUGAACACUGACCAGCGAGAGGCGGUCGUUGCGAUAAAAGCUUGGCGCUCUUUCUCUCUCUCUCUCUCUCUAAAUAAACGUAUCUGUUUUUGUUUUUAUUUUUAUUUUUGCCUUGUUCUUCAAGUUCAAGGUCAGUUCAGGGAUAGGAAGAGUCGUGAGCUCCAAUCCAAAUCAAAAUCAAUUAUCACAUGUUAUGAUUUCGCUUUCCUUUUAUUUAUUCAGCUUCUCAUCAACUCUUCUUUGCUGAUUCUCUUUAUAAAUUAGGGUUUCUCUCCUCCAUCAUCUGCUUCCAGGCGGUUAUAUAGCUGCGAGGAAACAGGAUUUUUAGGGUUGUAGGUUGUUGCGGAGGAUUGUAUAUUUUACAACCGUUUUACUGGCUACCUUAUGAACAUAGUUUCAUUCAAUUCGGUAAUCUAGGGUGUCUUUGCUAUGAUAGAGCCAUGCCAACGUUUACUGCUAUAGCGCUGGAUAGGUUGUUAGAACCUGGAGCUUCUAAAUCUGUUGACAAGACUGUUCCUAGUUCAAACCCUGUUACGAAAUCAAAGUUUCUUCCAAAAACGAGACCUGUGCCUAAUUCAACUCUGGAGAGAAAAAAUAGUACAUCAGCCACAGAAAGGAAAGUUAGCCGUCCUCAGAUAUCUCCAGCACUCUAUGCUACUCCUGAAACAACCCCACUUCCUGAUUCACCAUCUUCAUUCCCUCCUUCACCAUAUAUCAUUAACCAUAAGCGGCGUGGGCCUCGCCUUUUAAAGGGCUUUACUGAGGAUGAUGUUGCGACCAGCAGGAAAACUUUGGCUGAGGAUAAGGUCAACAGGAAUGCAAAGAAUUCAGAAAAUAGUGUUGUUGAUUCAGCUAAAGAUCACACUGUUACUUUUUCCAUUUCUGAUUCUGUUGAAGGGAAGCAUGUAAAUGGUGCCCAGGAUAGUCCCAUUGAGGGAGAGAUUGCAAACGGUGCCCAUGAGACCCUUAGUGAAGAGGAGCAUAUGAAUGGUGUUCAUGAUGGUGAAAUAGGAAGCAGCAAUGAGGAACUUAAAAGCAGAAAUGCUAGGAAUGGCUUGGUCAUGGAAAAGGAUGCCUUGAAGCUUGUUGCAUUGACUUCAGAAAGAGAUGGUGAUCCUGAUGAUUUCUUUGAUCCUCAGGAAUCAAUGAGUUACACUAGUAGCACUGAUGGUGAGGACAAUUCUGUGGUGGAAAGUUCUGUGAAACUAGCUGCAACUACACCUGUGGGAGAAUUCUAUGAUGCUUGGGAAGAGCUUUCCACUGAGAGUGAGCGUCAGACUUCAAUACGUGACAUUGAAGCAGAAUUGCGUGAAAUUAGAUUAAAUUUAUUGAUGGAGUUAGAGAAGCAAAAGCAAGUAGAGGAAACUCUAUUUAAUGUGCAAAAUCAGUGGCAGAGGAUCAGGCAACAAUUAUCCCUUGUAGGAUUGACUCUCCCGGCAUUUCGCAUUGCUGUUCCAGAGGAUGAGCGGUCUGCAGGUACUGAUCUUGGAGAAGAGCUGUGCCAGCAGGUAUAUGUUACUCGGUUUGUGUCAGAGUCCAUUGGGAGGGGCAUUGCAAAAGCUGAGGCAGAGAUGGAGAAAGAAACUCAGAUUGAAGCUAAGAACUUUGAGAUUGGUCGAUUGUGGGAUCGGCUUCAUUAUUAUGAGGCUGUGAAUCGAGAAAUGUCUCAGAGGAACCAAGAAGCUGUAGAGGUGGCUCGGCGUAAUAGGCAGGUCAGGAAAAGAAGGCAGCGAUGGGUUUGGGGCUCAAUUGCUGCAGUAAUUACCCUUGGCACAGCAGCUUUAGCAUGGUCUUACCUUCCAUCAGCAAAUGGAUCAUCUUCCAGUAAUGAGUCUAUGGCUCCUGGACAUGAUGAUGCAGCCGAGUGAUGAGCAUUUAGUCAACUAGAAGACUAUGAUGUUGUAGAAGAAAAGAAAUAAAAGGUGGUCUAUGCCACCAUGUUAAUAGCAAAUUGCAUUUUCCCUGUCUGAAGAGCAUGGUAUUAUCAAAAUCAUUAUGUUACUUCAUAUCGAUUGGUAGCAAUCUGGUAGGCAGCGAAUUUUGAUUUUGAUCAAUCAUAAUUUGAAAUUAUUUUGUAACUUUUUUCGGCUUAAAGGCUAUAGAUAUGCAUUUGCAAUGCAUAAGAGAGUGCUAGGUUCUAUUGAAAAACUCUUUUUGCUCGAGCCAUUGUUCUUGUACUGGUGUACCUGCACACUUUGUCAGUAACUAAAGUUGAGGAUAAAGGAAUUGACAGCUUGAAAAUGUUAUAUGCCUUUCCCAAGGGUGAUUACUGAUUUCAAGUUUGUAAUGCUAUUUUGCGGAAGAGUGAUAACAUCUUAUAAUUCAGUUUUAAUGCAAUUGGCAUUUAUAUUCUUUGUGUAA